GUGCUGGGAAGCAGAGCUGUCUGAGGCCCGCGGCCUGGUCGCGGUCGGUGGCUGAGGCUCCGGAAGGGGCAGUUUGCGGGACUCUGGCUCGGGGUCCCCGUUGCAGAGACAAGAACUGUCCUGUACUGACCGAGCUCCGCCCUCCGCCCUGCGUUCUCAGCCGGCCCUGCCCUGAGCCAUGUCGCAGGGGUCAGUGACAUUCACAGAUGUGUCCAUAGACUUCUCCCGGGAGGAGUGGGAAUGGCUCCAGCCUGCUCAGAGAGAUUUGUACAGACAUGUAAUGUUGGAGAACUAUGGCCACCUGGUCUCACUGGCAGGUCUUAACAUUUCUAAGCCAGAUGUGGUUUCCUUAUUGGAGCAAGGGAAAGAGCCCUGGCUGGGGAAUGGAGAUGUAAGCAGAGAGCUAUUUUCAGCUUCAAAGUCAAAUGUUGAGAUCCAAGAGUUUUCUCCAAAAAAUGUCAUAUUAGAAGAUGAUUCAUCCCAGUACUUGAUAAUGGAAAGAUUUCGAAGCCAAGGCUCUGAGUAUUCCAGUUUUAAAGAAGGCUGGAAAUGUGAGGGUGAUACUGAGAUGCUGCAGGGAAAUCAGGGAUGCAUCAGGCAAGUGACAGUUCCCCAUCAAGAAGCCCUGUCUCAGCAUGUGAAUGUCAGUACUGUGGAGAGACCCUAUGGAUGCCAUGAAUGUGGAAAAACUUUCAGUCGGCGCUUUUCCCUUGUGUUACAUCAGAGAACUCAUACUGGAGAGAAACCAUAUGUAUGUAAGGAAUGUGGGAAAACCUUUAGCCAGAUCUCAAACCUCGUAAAACAUCAGAUGAUACAUACAGGAAAGAAACCCCAUGAAUGUAAAGACUGUAAUAAAACAUUCAGUUACCUUUCUUUCCUCAUUGAACACCAGAGAACACAUACUGGGGAAAAACCCUAUGAGUGUACUGAAUGUGGAAAGGCCUUUAGUCGUGCCUCAAACCUCACUCGACAUCAGAGAAUUCACAUAGGAAAGAAACAGUAUGUAUGCAGGAAAUGUGGGAAGGCCUUUAGCAGUGGCUCUGAACUCAUUCGUCACCAGAUUACACACACUGGAGAGAAACCUUAUGAAUGCAUUGAGUGUGGGAAGGCAUUUCGCCGUUCUUCACAUCUUACCCGUCAUCAGAGUGUCCAUACCUCCAAAACCCCCUAUGAAUGUAAUGAAUGCAGUAAAGCUUUCCGUUGCCACUCCUUCCUUAUCAAACAUCAGAGAAUUCAUGCUGGAGAAAAGCUCUAUGAAUGUGAUGAAUGUGGUAAAGUUUUCACAUGGCAUGCAUCUCUUGCACAACAUAUGAAAAUUCAUACUGGAGAAAAACCCUACGCAUGUACUGAAUGUGACAAAACCUUUAGUAGGAGCUUUUCCCUCAUUCUACAUCAGAUAACUCAUACUGGAGAGAAGCCCUAUGUAUGUAAGGUAUGCAAUAAAUCCUUCAGCUGGAGCUCAAACCUUGCUAAACAUGAGAGAACACACACUCUAGAGAACUCCUAUGAGUAUGAAAAUUCAUUUAAUUACCACUCAUUCCCUACUGAACACCAGGGAAUUCACAUGAUAGACAAAACCUAAAAAUCUAUAGAUUUUUUUUUAAAAAAAGUAGUUAAUGCCUUACUUUGA